CCGCAUUAAUACAACCAAGUUGCCACGACGUUUACUUGUACAACGACAAAAUAGAGAUUUAUAAUUCCUGACAAUACUCACAGCUUUUCGAAAACAAGUUUUUUAAUCGCAGGCCAUAAUAAAAAUGCGACUCUCAUUUUUCACCAUUCAGUUCAGCAUGCUUGACAGUGCAUCAGACACAGAAAGCACGAGGUGCUCACUGGUCAGAAGCUUAAGGUUCGUAACCUCGACCUCGACGUUGUCAUCGGUGGAACUACUCGUCGUUAUGCCAGCACAAAAGCCAUAUCUCAGAAGGCGUAACUCAUUGGUGUCCAAUAUAUACUGGAUCCAGUGUUUAGUCAAUGAAAACCUGGGAACACAUCUAGCACUAACACUCCUGUCGACCUUUGCCAUCCACGCUUACAACUCGUCUCAGGAGUUACAAGACAACGACUACCUCGACUUAUGGAGCAUUGAUAGCCAAAAAACCUUCAAGGACAUGCACACACCCAGGAUCAACAUCGCAUGCACCCACUUCCCGUCGAUAGUAUUCGAAGACAGCAGGUCAAUAAUUGAAAGGAGGGUUCCGAUGAUCGGAAUUGGGAGGGAGAUAGCACACUUCACCUGCAUCGAACCAUGCAAUCACGGCGUAGGACGACGUGAAAGCCCAUCGCUGAAUCCUGAAAGCAAUUGUAUGGAAAUAUGCAGUUCUUUUCUCUAAAAGAAGUUUCCGACAUCGUACAUACCAGACGUCGUCUGCCAUAACAUAAAUAUCUUGAUCAUACAACUUUUCAUACAGCUCCACCUCCACGGACAGUCAAUCGCAAUUCACUGAGCCAAGUCGUCGUAUUGCUCAGAAUUGAGCCCGGCAUGGCUGAAUACAAAUAUAUCAGCAAGACGGCUGCACCAGAUAUUGGCACAUACGUAGUAGGCGGUGCUGUAAAAUAACUUUGAUAAUUGUUUAUAUCAAGUCUGCCUUCAUUCUGAGAACGUUUG